AUGACCGGGCGAACUGCUUUAAUUACUGGAUCGACGGGUCUCCUUGGGAGGCAAGUGGUGAAGGCCUUCGAGUUCAGAGGCUGGAACGUCAAGGGAACCGGCUACUCUCGUGCCGACGGGGUUUCGAUUCUCAAAGUGGACUUGGGAAAGGCCAGUGAAGUCGAGAAAGUCCUGGACGAGACCAAACCGCAAGUCGUGGUUCAUUGCGCUGCCCAAAGGUUUCCAGACAAAGUCGACAAGGACCCCGAAGCGAGCAAGGCCCUCAACGUCGAGGCCACAAGAUCUCUGGCCAAGCUCUGCGCCGCACGGGACAUUCUUCUCAUCUACAUCUCGACGGAUUACGUCUUCUCCGGAAAGCCUGGGGAGGCACCGUACGAGACAGACGCUACUCCCGGACCGACGAAUCUCUACGGCCAGACAAAGCUCGACGGGGAGCUAGCGGUCUUCCAUGAGUACAAGCAGGCCAACAAGGAAGGUCUGGGCAUCGCCCUGCGGGUACCGGUGCUGUAUGGCAAGGCGGAAAUGCCAGCAGAGAGCGCGGUCAACGUGCUGAUGGACACGGUCUGGAAGGCACAGGAGGCGGAUGGCAAGAUGAAGAUGGACCACUGGGCGAUCCGGUAUCCCACCAAUACCGAAGACGUGGGUCGAGUUUGCCAUGAUGUGGCCAAUAAAUACCUCGACAGCACGGACAAGAGCUCGCUUCCCCGCAUACUUCAAUUCUCGAGCGAGGACAGCAUGACCAAAUAUGAGAUCUGCCGGACGUUCGCGGACAUCAUGGGCCUGUCGAUGGACCGCAUUGUGGCUAAUAGCGAAGGGAAUGACCCAAAUGCCAGCGUCCAGAGGCCCUACGACUGCCAUCUCAGCACCAAGGCCCUCAAGGACCUGGGCAUUGACGUGUCGACGAACGAUUUUGUGGGGUGGUGGCGGCGGGAGGUCCACGCCUUUCGACACUAA